UUUGCUGCGAGUUGUUGGCUAAACAAGUUAUUUGACACGACGACAUCUGGUUUAUACACGCAUGCAUUUGUUAGCGUAUGCCUAUUGGUGCUGCACAAUUCACCUUUUUCUGUUUUGCCCGUUUGUUUUUUUGAGUUCCUCCUUGUCAGCUUGUUUUGCACCAACCGGGCCUUUAGCAACGUGAAGCUGACAAUGUGGCGAAACACACUAUUCAGCAUUGUUUGCGCAUUCCUUGUGAUUUGUCUCGCAGUCCAGACUCAAGGUGUUUCCGCUUCCUCUCAGUGUAAUGGGAUUCUAUCAUGUCCGGCCGCUGUAUUAUCAGCCAUCGGAGUGGGAACCGGCGAAUACUGCUGUUAUGCGACUGCGGACACGAUAAGCGCGUACUGCUGCACUUUUUCUGAUUACAUCCAAAACAGGACCGGUCUUUCGCUUGGGGCAAUAAUCGGGAUCGUUGUCGGAGUUGCGGUUGGCUUUAUUGUUCUGUGGAUUUUGUUGUGUUGUUGCUGCGGAUGGUGCUGUUUCCGGACCACACGGUACAGUCGCACUAGGACGUACAUCAAUUGAGCUGGAGUCGUUUUUUACGUUGGCUAAAGUUACAACCCAUUACACAAAUUUUGAUCAGCACCUGGACCGAAUUCUGUUGCAGAACUUUAAUAGUAUUGCUAACUAGUGAUUAUACGCAUGACUGCAAAAUUUAUGGUUGCAAUUGCUGUUAAGCAGCUGGAUCCUUUGCUAGCGUUUGGGAGUGUUUGACAUUAUGUGAUGACCGGAAAGUUCCUUCGCUGGAAUGUCCACAAAAUGGCUAUUAUGCUUUUGACUGCCGCGCAGUGCAAGUUAUAACGCCUUAUCGCGCAAAUAACGUUUUCACCAUUUGCUUGCUGCAGCUCUGCGGUGUGCACUGCAGUUGCACUUAUUUUAUUCUCCGUAAUGGAAUAAGCUAAAUUUAUCGACUUUGCUGGUUUUCUGUUCUUUACAUGUGCUCGUGAAAAGAAAGCCAACAACUGGUACAGAAUAA